CUGCUUCAUACUAAUUCCAUAACAGCUAGCCAACAGAGGAAAGCAGGUUGAGGUAAACCAUUUGCAAAUAUGAAAAGCUUGACCCUAACCAUCGCUCUAGUGUUCCUUACAGGAACCCAAGCUCGUUACCCUUGGCAGAAUGAGGAACCCCAGACACCCAUCCAGCAAGUCCGGGAGGCAAUUGAGGGCUACCUAAUCACGUUACAGGACAUUGGCAAGACGGCUGUGGCACAGGCAGAAUCUUAUGACGUUGCAAAACAGCUCGAUUUGAAACUCACUGAGAAGUUCGAUGCCUUCAGCACUAAUGCACUGGCUUUGAGGAAACAGCUGAACCCCUAUGUGGAUAAUGUAAGGGAAAAAGUGUCUGCAGAGCUGGAGAAGGAUAUUCCCCUUCUCAGAGAAAAGAUCCGUCCCUUUAUUGAAACCUUUCAGAAAAACUGGGCUGCUGAAGUAACAUCUUUCAAGGAGAAUAUUGCACCAGUGGUGGAAGAUUGGAAGAAGCAGACCAAGGAGAAUAUAGACGGAUUUUACAAAAAAGCCCAGCCUCAGCUUGAAGGGCUUCGCGUAAAGCUUGGUUCUGAGUUUGACAGCCUUAAAACCAAGAUUGCCCCAUACAAGGAGGAAAUCAGGCAAAAGCUGAUUGAGAAGUUUGAAGAGGUGAAAGCCAAUGCUGGUCCUAGAGCAGAAGAAUAUAAAGCCCAGUUAGCCCAACAUGCUGAAACCCUAAAACAGAGGCUUGGACCCGUGGUUGAGAACCUCAAAGAGCAGCUUGGGCCCAAAUUAGAGGAAGCCAAAAUAAAGCUGGCCCAGCUGUGGCAAACUGUGCAAGCCAGGAUCGCUGAACGCUACGCCUAAAUAUAAUUGUCUAUUCCAGUGACUGUAUGAAGACAUGGUACUAGAGACGUCAAUUUCCACCAUCCUGUAUUCCUACCCUUCCACCAUAAGCAUGCUGUUUACCAAAGAGGAACACAUACCCAUGCUGCUACUCCAAGCCCAAUGGCAAAAAAUGUCUAUGCGGUCUGAUGUAAUGCUAUGUUUACCUCCAUUAUUGAGAUUACCUAGGUUCUAAGACCAUGUUCCUCUUUUCUUUCAUAUCAGUCUGUGAAUAAAAUGCAUUGGUAAAUUA